UUGCUCAAGGUGAUGAUUUUAUUCCAAUACCUGGUACAUCAAAAAUUAAAAACUUAGAAGAAAAUGCAGGAGCAGCUCAAGUUAAAUUAAGUAAAGAAGAAAUCAUAGAAAUUCGUGAUGCUUGUGAAAAAGCUGAUGUGCAAGGUGAUCGCUAUCCUCCACAAUUUAGUGCUCAUGUAUUUGGUGAUUCGGCUCCAAAGAAAAACUGA